CUCUGGUACCGACAGAGAGAGGAGCAGAGAAAACAGGAGGAGCAGCCCGAAGAAAAGAAACAAGUCUGUACUCUUAUUAUUGGAGGAUUGACCCUCUUUUAAAGAAUGGCAAGUCCGCCAGUAUUAAAAGGGGGGUUAGGGGGAUAUCUCUGCCCCACUACGGUGAAGAAAUGCGGCUACUUGAAGAAGCAGAAACAUGGGCACAAGAGAUUCUUCGUGUUGAGGGAGCGCAGUGGGGACUGCCCGGCCCGGCUCGAGUAUUAUGAAAACGAGAAGAAGUGGCGAAACAAGUCGGUAGCGAAGAGAAUCAUCCCUUUGGAGAGCUGCCUGAAUAUCAACAAGAGAGCGGACGCUAAACAUAAAUACCUCAUCGCCCUCUACACUAAGGACGAGUACUUCGCGGUGGCGGCAGACAGUGAGCAGGAGCAGGAGAGCUGGUUUCACGCCCUCACCGACCUGCUUAACCACGACAAGUUCAUGCCUGACGUGUCCUCACUGUCUCUGCAGCGAGAGGAGGUGGGUUAUGGUCUGCUCACCCCCGCUUCUGCCCUUUACAAGGAAGUGUGGCAAGUCAACCUGAAGCCGAAAGGCUUGGGACAAGCCAAAAACCUCACCGGUUUUUACAUGCUGUGCCUUUCCACUAAGAGCAUGGGCUUCGUGAAACUCAAUUCCGAGGUCCCUUCUGUCCAUCUGCAGCUGAUGAACAUCCGGAGAUGUGGGCAUUCGGAGAAUUUCUUUUUCAUUGAAGUGGGCAGGUCUGCAUCUACUGGUCCCGGGGAGCUGUGGAUGCAGGUGGAUGACUCAGUGGUGGCUCAGCAUAUCCACGAAACUAUUCUGGAAGCUAUGAAAGCAAUGAAAGAGUUGUGUGAAUUCCGGCCCAGAAGCAAGAGUCAAUCCUCAGGUUCCAAUCCCAUCACUGUGCCAACUAGAAGGCACCUGAAUAACCUGCCCCCCAGUCAGACUGGCCUUCAAAGGAGGUCACGGACUGACAGCAUCACAACCCCUUUUUCAGCCAAUAAAAUCACAUCGUGCCGCGUGAGGACAGCCAGCGAAGGUGAUAGUUCCAUGUGUCGACCAGAGUCUGUGACUGGCAGUCCUAUCAGCCCCAGUAUGGUGAGAACACACUUCAGCCGUUCAAAUACUAUGUCUAGAAAUUCAAGAGCGAUUCAACACAACUCUCUUCACCAUAGUCGAUCAAUGUCUAUGCCAAUGUCCCAUUCCCCCCCAUCUGCCACAAGUCCAGUGAGUCUUUCAUCUAGUAGUGGGCAUGGAUCUGCAUCGGACACCAUACCUCGGCCAUCCAGUGGCAGUGCAUCUGUUUCAGGCUCCCCAAGCGAUGGUGGAUUUAUUUCCUUUGAUGAGUACGGUUCUAGUCCUGGGGACUUAAGACAUUAUGUGGGGAACAGAAGUAACACACCAGAGUCCCUCACUGACACACCACCUGUUCGAGAAGGCAGCGAAUUGUAUGGGUAUAUGUUAAUGGAAAGACAUACUAGUGGCCAGUGUAACCGCAACUGUUAUCAGAUGGCUAGGGAUGAAAGUACUGAACUGGAGAAGGGCUACAGGAAAAGAACUUACUCUUUAACAACUCCAUGCCGACAGAGAGCCACAUCGCAGGUUUCUUCAGUUUCAUUAGACGAAUAUACUUUAAUGAAAGCAACCUGCAAGGGCAGCUCAGGACAUCUUUCAUCUAAUGCCUCCCCCAAAGUCGCCUACAAUCCUUAUCCAGAAGAUUAUUGUGACAUUGAAAUAGGAUCCCAAAGGAGCUCUGGAUCCACUAACCUUGGUGAUUUUGGCUAUAUGCCAAUGACUCCUGGAGUAGCAUCUGCACCUAACAAAAGUGAUGACUAUGUGCCAAUGAGCCCCAAAAGUAUUUCUGCCCCAAAACAAAUAAUUAAUCCCCGAUCACAUUCCCAAGUGAAUGCAAAUGGAUACAAGAAUGUUUCUCCAACUGAGAGCUGCUCACCGGAUACAAAUGGAUACAUGAGAAUGUGGUGUGGAUCAAAGUUAUCGGUAGAAAGUUCUGAUGGAAAGUUCGCCAAUGAUGAAUAUAUGAACAUGUCUCCUGUUGACUGCUGUGCAUCAGUUACUCCUCCAGACUACUUUUUCAACCCUGUAAGUGAUGACCUUCCCAAACCCAGCUACCCUUUUUACUCCUUACCCCGAUCUUAUAAACCUCAGUAUCAGAAGAAUGGAGAAAAUGAUAACUAUGUUCUGAUGAAUUCACCAGGUAGUGUGAUUCUUGAAGAGCCAACAUUUAAUAUGAAGUCUAGCACAUCUUAUGCAGCCGGUCAUGCUGCUCGCUCACCAGUGAGGCAAAGUCGGACUGACUGUUUAGUGUCGAGAGGAAGAGCUAUGAGACCUACCAGAUUAUCACUGAACAAGCUAAGAGCCAGCACCUUACCAAGUACAAAUGAGCAUCCUUUACCACCUGAACCAAAGAGCCCAGGAGAAUAUAUUAAUAUAGAUUUCAGCAACAAAUUUGUGUAUUCCCCCCCUCCUGUGUCACUAGAACAUCCCUUAUCUUCCAUGGAUUCUAGUAAUGGUCAGAGAAGGUCCCCAGUGUCUGAUUACAUGAACCUUGAUCUCAACUCUCAGUCACCAAAGAAUGGAAUUGUUCCUGUCGGUUCCUUUGAUGCAGUAGCUGGAUCGCCAAUGUCAUGUUCCAGCAGAAGUCUCACAGGUGACAUUUACAUGAAAGGUCAGGUUGGAACAUCCUGCCUCUCUAACCCUUUAGAAGAUGAGACUGAUUAUACAGAAAUGACAUUUAGAAUCGCCACAACAGCUCCACUACCAGUUUCACCAAAACACGAAAGUACGCAAGUGGCUAGCCCUACCACUGGUGUGAAAAGACUUUCCCUGAUUGAUCAGUUGCCUGGAGUAGAGGUUUUCAUGCUUCCGAGUCUGCCACCAGAUCCCAAUCGGGGUGCGAAAGUGAUCCGCGCUGACCCUCAGGGACGAAGGCGACAUAGUUCAGAAACGUUCUCUUCUACGACAACUGUCACACCUGUUUCGCCUUCAUUUGCUCAUGAUCCCAAGAGGCACAGUUCUGCUUCAUUUGAAAAUGUUUCUCUCAGAAAGAAUGACGAAGCUGAAGAGGAACAAGGAAGCCCAAUGUGCCGCAAAACCUCCACCGGUUUCCAGAAUGGGCUGAACUACAUUGCCUUAGAUUUAAUGGAUGAUGACUUGACGAGAUGCGAAAAAAUAAUACGAUGUCGAUCAACUCCUCAAGCCAAAGGAAGUAUUAAUAGUACAGAUGCAAGCACGUAUGCCAGAAUAGACUUUGUGUCAAAGAAUUUCGACCGAGCUGCUGCUGUGGAAGACUGAUGGACCCUUCAACAUCUCUGGAACCUCAAACAAGUGAUGCUGCUCAGCAAACACCUUUGUGGAAUGCUGCUCAAGUUUACCUUUUUUCCUCAUUGUGAAUGGGUAACCAAUAAUGCCUCGAGACCGUUAUAACACUGCAACGCACAGCAUACCUUCAAGGACAAGGAAGCUUUCUGCCUCAUUAGCUUCUUUAUGGAUAUCGAUCAUUCUCUUCCUUUGCUAGGUGGAGUGCACUGAAGCAGUACUUAUUUAACAGUAUAUUGGCUGUUUCCAGCUAGGCCUUUCUUUAAGCUGAGAUAUGGCCACAAUUUCUAUUACUUAACUUUCCCUGUCUGGUAACACCUUGACCACAUUACCUUUCUGAAAUGCUUCUCAUGCCAGGUACAGACUGAACUGGAAUGUUACUGUCCUGGUAUAAAUCCUACCUCAUUUAAAUACUAAAGUCAGCCUUUUAUGGGAGAAGGAGCACAAACUUAGCUUCAUUGCUGCUGAACUCCUGAGACACAAACCCUAGGCCUUAACAUCUUGUUUAAUGUCUUGACAAUAGUUUAACUGUAUGACGAGCCAGAAUUUUGGGCUUGUUCAAGAAGGAUCCCAUGUUGAAUAGUUUGAGCCUAACUUAAAAAAAAAACAAAAUGGUCUGACAGGAGGAAAGAAAAGUGCAAUUUCAGGACAUUGGAUUUGGAUUAAAAGAUCCAGGAAAGACCCAUCAAGAUGCAGAGAAGUGAUUUCACUAAAACCAAGAUGAUAACCUUCCAUAAGUCAUUAUAGGGAGAGAAGAUAUGACAUUACAAAUGUGGGUGAUAUUCUGAGCUGCAUCAGAAUGUAAAUAUUAAAACACAAUUGAAUGCAAGACAUUGUUAAUGUACAGCUUAUUUAAAAUGUAAGUUUGAUUCCUUCAGAGGGGAGUCAGCAGUUUUUCUUUAAAAUAUAUAGUUCUUGCUGUUUUCUUAACCACGAGUGCUUCUUAUGUUGAAUGCAGAACUUGGACUGUUCAGUACUGCUUUAGUGAAUGUGGCUCCUCAAGUCCUUUCUGCUGACUUAUUUAUUAAUUUUGGAACAGCUGAUGAAAGUGCCAGAAAAUUCUGAAUGUAAAUGUAGUUUUCUGCAAUGCCAGUAAUUGAAGUUUCACUACAGACUGGUGUGAAAGUCUCUGUAUUACCAGAGGUCAAUUCCAUUGUCGUUAUGCCUAAUGGCGUAUGUAAAUAUACUCUACAAAGAAGAUCUGUACUGUGACCAUUGCUAGUUUUUACAUUAUGUAAAAAUGGAUCAGAAAUAAUCCUGAUAAAGUGGCCGAAUCUGCAUUAAUAGCCACUUAUAACCUUGGCACUGAAAAAAAAAAUGCUGACCACAAAUUUCAUUACCUGAGACAACAGCAGAGUCUGGGAUGUACUGAGAUAAGUGACACUUGCCACUAAAUACUGUUUUAAUAGCUUCACUGUAUCAAAAUAUUUAAAUGUACAAAUCAAAAACUGUAUGCAAUAUUUUACAUCUUUAGUUUACAGUUUGGAACAAUUUAAUAUGUAUCUGUAUACACUAGUUACAAAGUUCACUAGAGUGUACAGCAAAGUUUGCUAUUUGUAUAUUUUGCCACUUUCAGUUCAAUGUGUGUGUUUUCUUUAAUUGAUGCUGUGUAAACCCUAAAUGAUGUAACAGCAGUGUUUUCAUGUUACCUCUUACUUUUCAGAUGGACGGAAAUAUAACAUUAUGUAAUAUUUCUUCUUGUGACCAGACAAGAGAUAAUUGUAACUUUAACAUAUCUUGCUGUGUCUUCCGUUGUAUAUACUGUAUUAUAAGGUUGAAUGUAAUGCUGCCGGAAGAUGAAAAAUUAAUUUAGAAUAGCAUAUUGUACUAUACCUGUAUUGAUCUUGAAUGCUGUCCCAAUAGCCAUAUGCAAUAAAAUAGCGUACAAUAUUUAUGAAA